AAUUCUCGUAGAAGUAAACGUUGAUGUUAUCUAGUAGAAAUGUCCUUGAAAAUUCUCGACAGAUACAUAAAGAGGAUCGUCAUUUUUAACACAUUUACCGUUGCGUGACGUAGGACAUACACUCACACUUCUAAACAAAGUGUUACUAUGUCCCACGUUUAGGUUUAAAUGUAUGAAAAGUCGUAAAGAUCGAUUCUUUUGAGUGCUUGGUAACAUCAUAUCACGUUAUGUCUAAACAAAAAUUCAUUUAGAGCAUCAAGUUUAGACGGAACGCAUACAGAACAAUGUAGUUUCAUCGAGUGUCAACAUGAAUAAUUAUCAUUAUUUUUUAUUUGCCAUAAUUAUACACAUUUCUUUCCACAUUGGAAAAUCUUCGGAAAUAACUGAACAAGAUAUGCUGGAUUUUGAAAAUAAAGAAAAGGCGGCAAUUCCUUCAGUUUUGAAAGUUUCUUCGUGGAACGAUAUGCCGUUUUCCGGAAUAAUAAAAAAAAAUGGCCAGUGGAUAGGAACAGGAUACGCAUUUUAUAUUCUCGAUCUUUUGAGUGAUAAAUUAAAUUUUACCUACACUGUUAUACCACCGACGGGACAAAUAUUCGGAAAUAAAAAUAGAGGAAUUAUAAGCAUGUUGUAUAAAAAGGAAGUAGAUAUGAUCGCUGCAUUCGUGCCUGUAUUAGAAGAUCUACGUAAAUAUUGUUUAUUCAGCACGACAUUGGACGUUUUUGAAUUAACAGCUAUGAUGAAAAGACCUGAGGAAUCUGCAACUGGUUCUGGUCUUCUGGCACCAUUUGACAAUACCGUUUGGUUUUGUGUUCUUACAGCUGUAUUAGUUGUAGGCCCGACAAUUUAUUUGUUUUCUUUGAUUAGGUUGAAACUUUGGAAAGGUACAGAAGGGGAAAAUUACAAUUUACCAUCUUGCAUGUGGUUUGUCUACAGUGCGUUACUUAAACAAGGAUCAACGAUUAUCGCUCAAACAGAUUCAACAAGGAUGCUCUUCGCUACCUGGUGGAUUUUUAUAUUAAUUCUUACUUCAUUUUAUACCGCUAAUUUGACAGCAUUCCUUACAAAGCCACAAUUUACAUUACCAAUUAACAAUAUAAAAGAUAUAGUGAACAAAGGAUACAAAUGGGUCACUUUUAAAGGACGCGUGAUAGAUUAUCUCUUAUCUCAGCCUUAUGUAAAUGAAUUAACAUUGUUAAACCAAACCACAUUUCAAGGAGAAUAUAUCACGAUGUACAAUGAGCCAGCAAGUUACAUAUUUGAUACCGUCGAAAAUAAAAAACUUUAUCUCGGAGAACGUCACUAUUUUCGAAAGUUAUUAUUUGAGGAUUAUAUAAAUAAAACUCGUGAAGGAUUGGAGCACAACAAACGUUGUACUUAUGUUAUCAUGCCUGGAAGUAUUCUUUCGAGAAAUCGAGCAUUUGCUUUCCCUUUAAAUUCAACUAUCGUGGAUGACAUAAAUAUGGUAUUGUCUUCUCUCAUAGAAUCCGGUUUAAUCAAACAUAAGAAAACAAGUGAUCUUCCGUUGGCUAAUGUUUGUCCAGUGGAUCUUCAAUCAACGGAAAGACAACUUCGAAAUACCGAUUUAUCUUUGACUUACGAAGUUAUUGCAGCUGGAUAUAUUAUUGCGAUGAUAGUUUUCAUCAUAGAAUUAAUUAUUAAGUAUAUUAAUUAUUGCAAGAAUAAGAAAGACGCGAGGCAAUCGUCUAAAAUUCAAAAACAAACUAUUAAGUACCAAGAAAAUUCGGAACAAUCUUUAUGGGCAUCGAGAUUACCUUUAUACGAUACUACUAAUAAUAAUUAUUGGAGGGAUAAUAACUUUAGUUUAGUUAAAAGAAGCCCACCACUAUUAUAUCAUUAUAAUGAAGGGAAUACAUCUUUCUUGGGUAAACGACAUAACAUUAACGGACGUAAUUAUUACGUAGUUGUAGAUAGAAGCGGUAGUCAAAGACUAAUACCUAUUAGGACGCCAUCAGCAUUUUUGUUUCAAUAUACUGCAUAAUAUAUAUGCAUGUACAUAAUAUAAUUUCUUAAUUUUCUAGAGUUAAUGAGAUAAACGUACAAUAAUUCCUAUUUUUUUCGUUUUCCCUUUUUCCUUUUUCUUUUUUAAUGUCGUCUAAUGUAUUAUACAAAAAGUAUACGAAGGAAUGACGUCAAUAUAACUCUUCUAUGCAAUAUAUAUAUAUAUAUAUACACAUUUACGUAUGUAUAUAAUUACAAGGCACAUGUGUUAUUUCGUUAUUUCGGCUUUCGAAACUGUUAAUGCAUAUGUGUCUAUAUAUUUGUUGUCUCUAUCUGUGGAACAUAUUGUUUAUUAUUAAAUAAACAUGAUUUAUUCCAUAUAAUAAAUUGCACAUAUAUAUAUAUAUAUUUGAUUAUCUUCUUUUUUAAAAGAUUGAAGUACGAGAGAUGAUUUUUAUAUAUUAAAAAGAAAAUAGUUUAGGAACUCCGGUACUACGCAUACUAAAUAUA